UCUUUGCACUAGUCUCUCCGCUCUCUCGGUCAUGUGACCUUAACGUAACCGGACAGGAAAAGCCCCGCCGCCGCCGCCGCCGCCGCGCCGGAGACACCGACCGCGGCGGCAGCAGCAGCAGCAGCAGCGAGAGGCAGAGGCGGCGGCGGCGGGGAGGACAGCACGGCCGAGGCUGCCCAGCGGCGCCUCCUCCACACCCCCCGCCGCAGCAGCACCGGCGACAGAUUUUUUAAAAAAUGGAUUUGGCCAACCAUGGACUUAUUCUGCUGCAACAGUUAAACGCUCAGCGAGAGUUUGGUUUCCUGUGUGACUGCACGGUUGCAAUCGGCGAUGUAUACUUCAAGGCACACAAAUCAGUUCUUGCUUCAUUCUCCAAUUACUUUAAGAUGUUGUUUGUCCAUCAGACCAGUGAGUGUGUCCGUUUGAAACCAACUGAUAUACAGCCCGACAUCUUCAGCUAUCUCUUACACUUGAUGUACACUGGGAAGAUGGCGCCUCAGCUCAUCGACCCGGUUCGAUUAGAACAGGGAAUCAAGUUUCUGCACGCUUACCCGCUCAUCCAGGAAGCCAGCCUCGCCAGCCAGGGAGCCUUUUCUCACCCUGACCAAGUUUUCCCACUGGCUUCUUCAUUGUAUGGCAUUCAGAUUGCAGAUCAUCAGCUGAGACAAGCCACCAAGAUUGCUUCAGCACCUGAAAAACUUGGGCGAGAUCCAAGGCCACAGACCUCCAGGAUAAGCCAGGAGCCCGUCCCAGAGGCCUCACAGCUUUCCCAGCUGACUUCAAACCUGGCCCAGGUGAAUCGGACAAAUAUGACUGCCUCAGACCCCCUGCAGACCUCACUGUCUCCAGAACUUGUUUCCACUCCUGUUCCUCCCCCUCCUCCCGGGGAGGAGACCAAUCUGGAAGCAUCUUCCUCCGAUGAGCAGCCUGCGACCCUCACAAUAGCCCACGUCAAGCCAAGCAUCAUGAAGAGGAACGGGAGCUUUCCAAAGUACUAUGCCUGCCACCUGUGUGGACGGCGCUUCACCCUCCGGAGCAGCUUACGUGAACACCUCCAGAUCCACACAGGAGUACCUUUCACGUCCAGCCAACAGGGAGAAAGCCGUGUCUCCCUGACUCUCUGUAGCAAUGCAGCUGACCUCGGGAAAGAUGCCAUGGAAGUGCCUGAAGCCGGGAUGAUAAGUGACAGUGAGCUGCAGCACAUCUCCGAUUCGCCCAUCAUCGAUGGGCAGCAGCAGUCGGAAACCCCACCCCCCUCAGACAUUGCUGACAUUGACAACCUGGAGCAGGCCGACCAGGAGAGAGAGGUGAAGAGGCGGAAGUAUGAGUGCACGAUAUGCGGACGCAAAUUUAUCCAGAAAAGCCACUGGAGGGAGCACAUGUACAUACACACCGGGAAGCCUUUCAAGUGCAGCACUUGUGACAAAAGCUUUUGCAGGGCCAACCAGGCUGCCCGCCACGUGUGCCUCAACCAGAGCAUUGACACCUACACCAUGGUAGACAAACAGACUCUGGAACUCUGCACAUUUGAGGAAGGGAGUCAGAUGGACAACAUGCUGGUGCAAACCAACAAACCCUACAAAUGCAACUUGUGUGACAAAACAUUCUCCACUCCCAAUGAGGUUGUUAAACAUUCAUGCCAAAACCAGAACUCGGACGUCUUUGCCCUAGAUGAAGGGCGAUCCAUUCUCCUGGGCAGUGGGGACUCCGAAGUAACGGAGCCUGACCACCCAGUGUUAGCUUCCAUCAAAAAGGAACAGGAAACCGUCUUACUAGACUGAAUGUCACUUAUCUUUUUAAAAAACUGUCAUUUUUACAAAGACUGUCUUCCUUCCCUUCCCUGAAUUCAGGACUAUAGUUCUCCAUGGCAUGAUACAAACAGGUCCUUGUUCCCUUCUCCUCUUCCCCUUUUCCGCCUCCUAGCCCCACCUCUGUCAAGGCUUUGUGCAUUAUAAACCUGGAAUGUAUCGACUUUCAUGCAGGGGAUAUUGGAAAGAUAAUGGUCAUUAUAUUUAUAAACUCAAACAGAUUUUGACAGGUUUUAGAUUAUUUAAAAGCAUACUUGGAACUAAUGAAGGGUACACAAUAAAACAACUGGAAUCCAAUUUGGUAAGCUAAAAUUAUGACUUUCCCUGGGUAAAAAGUCUUCUCAGAAAAACAAUGUCAGAAAAUACAGCGUGCUUCUCAGAAAUACAGCUGGGCUCUGUACUAUGCAAAAUCUAGAAGGUGCGGGGAAACUUUAAACCCAAGAAAACGUUCUUAGAAUUCAUCCUCCAGGUGUCUUACUUCAGAAUGCAUCCUUUGAGAUUAUGUCUACUUAAGAAAAAUCGUUACUUAAGAAAUCCACUUUAACAAAACACAAAGGAAAAAAAUAAUAAUGUGAUGGCAAUCUUAAUUUUUGCAUACAACAUGACAAGCUGUGAGUUUGUGUGUUUGUAAGAGAAAAAUGCGUGGUGCUUGCUCUAAACAGGUGAAUGAAUGCACUUGCCUUAUCUCAUUGCUGGCUUCUUUCCAAGUUGAGCAACAACAAAAUGCUGUAUUUUCGUUUCUGACAAAUUUGUUUUAAAAAUCAAAUUUGAAUGUACAAUUCUAUAAUUGUCUUUCUGAAUAGAAAAUGACCUGCCAUUUUCUAGCAGCUGCCAGUGAUAAUUUGUUUUACACUAACUUUUAAAUCAGUGCAUAUGCUUCAGGGAAAAGGAUAUAGGAAUAUUCAUCUUACGGGGGAAUUUGUGAGCAGAAGAGGUAGUAACUUUAAUGACUGAAACAGUCAAUGCUGAUAGUUUACUGGCAACAUUAAUUGAGGCAUCAAAAAUAAAUGGCAAAGAGAAAUCAGGACAGAAAAAUCUAAUUGCUGUUUGGGAAAAAUACUUGAUUUUGAUGUUUAUUCUCCAGGUUUUUUUUUUUUUCUUUUUUAAUGCCUGAAAUUUUCUCCAUUGGCCCAAAAGCAGUAAAAAUUGUUCAUUAAUCUUCCCUUAGGCCAAAUAAAAGAAGGGCCUCACAGGACAAAACAGGAGCCAGAAAUAAGGACUGAAGGGGAAGGGGAGAAUAGCUGAUAGCUAUGCUGUAUGUAUAUGUUAAAAACUGAAUAUCCCAUCGUCCUAUUUCAUGUAUAGUUGAGUUCUCAAAUUUGUAAGUUUUUAUACAUCCUUUCAUUGAAUAAACAUUUAAUUAAAUGAG